GCGGGGCGAAGGGAGCGGCAGCGCCGAGCGCCGGGGCCGGAGCGCGGCCGGGCGGGCAGCGGCUGUGGGGGCUCCUCCUGCGCCGCGGGAGCGGCGGUGCCUGAGGAGGAGGAGGAGGAAGAGGAGGAGGGAAGGCGCGGGGCUCCUCCGCGGGGCGCAGAGCUCCGCUGACCGAGGGUGGGUGUGUGGCGGCGCGGAGCCUGUCCGCAGGUGCCCCGCCGGCCCCGCUCCGCCGCCGGCCUCCCGCGGAGGUCCAUGAGUCGCGGGCGGGCAGCCCCGGCAGCGCCCCGCGCCCGCUCCCCCGGCUCCGGCGGCGGCCCGUGGCGGCGGUGAGAUGGGGGGCAGCCUGGGCUGCCACCGCUCCAUCCCCCGCGACCCGGCCGACCUGUGCCACAGCCGCAAGUUCAGCGCGGCGUGCAACUUCAGCAACAUCCUCGUCAACCAGGAGAGGCUCAACAUCAACACGGCCACCGAGGAGGAGCUGAUGACCCUGCCCGGGGUCACCCGGGUGGUGGCCCAGAACAUCGUGGAGUACCGCGAGUACAUCGGCGGCUUCAAGAAAGUGGAGGACCUGGCGCUGGUGAGCGGGGUGGGGGCGGCCAAGCUGGAGCAGGUGAAGUUCGAGAUCUGCGUGAGCAGCAAGGGCAGCUCGGCGCAGCACUCGCCCAGCUCCCUGCGCAAGGACCUGGCCUCUGAGCACCACCUGUCCGCCACCAAGAUCAACAUCAACACCGCCACCCCGGCGCAGCUCAUGAGCAUCCGUGGCAUCACCGAGAAGAUUGCCAACAGCAUCGUGGACUACCGGAAGGAGCACGGGCCCUUCAAAAGUAUCGAGGACCUGGUGAGGAUGGACUGCAUCAAUUCCUCCUUUCUGGACAAAAUCAGGCACCAGAUUUUUGCCGAGCGCUCCAGGCCCCCUUCAACAAACACAAAUGGUGGCCUCAACUUCACGGCCAAGCCUCACCCCAGCCCCACUUCUCUAAGCCUCCAGAGCGARGACUUGGACUUUCCUCCUGGGGGUCCAACCCAGAUCAUAUCCACUCGCCCCUCUGUGGAGAUGUUUGGGGGGGUGAGAGAUGGCAGACCUGUCCUGAGAGUGGCUACCUGGAAUCUGCAAAGCUGCUCCAUCGAGAAAGCCAACAACCCAGGCGUGCGGGAGGUCGUGUGCAUGACRCUGCUGGAGAACAGUAUCAAGCUUUUGGCUGUGCAGGAGCUGGCUGACAGAGAAGCACUGGAAAAGUUUUGUAUGGAGCUGAACCAGCCGACGCUGCCAAACAUCCGCAAGUGGAAGGGCCCUAGAGGAUGUUGGAAGGGUGUUGUUUCCGAAAAACCCUCAGGCCAGCUACACAAGGGAGUUGAAUAUUCUGGCUUCCUCUGGGAUACAACUGCUGGCAUUGAGCUGAAAGACGCCUCCUCUCAGGAGACUGCACAGACUAAUGGCAACGGGAGGCAUUCAUAUCCUCAUCCAUAUCUUGCACAUUUCAAGGUUGGAAUGAAUGAUCUGACCGUGGUUAACCUUCACCUGGCCUUGCCCUCCUUGGCAGGAGAGAAUACCGGGAAGAACCACGACAGCCACAAACUGGCAGCGUGCGCGCAGUCUUUGCAAGAGACUCUGAAAGGAGAAAAAGAUGUAAUAAUCCUUGGCGAUUUUAACCAGGCCCCAGACAGCAGUGACCAUGACAUUCUGAGGAAGGAGAAGUUCCACCACCUGGUCCCUUCCAGCACCUUCACCAACAUCAGCACAAAGAACCCACAAGGGUCCAAGUCGCUGGAUAACAUCUGGAUCAGCCGGAGCYUGAAGAAGGUUUUCACAGGUCACUGGGCUGUCGUGCGAGAAGGGCUCACAAACCCAUGGAUCCCCGAUAACUGGUCCUGGGGYGGGGUGGCUUCAGAGCACUGCCCCGUGCUGGCAGAAUUUUACCUGGAGAAGGACUGGAACAGGAAGGAGGUGACGCGGAACGGGAACGGGGUGACGGUGGAACGUAACGACUCCCACACAAAGCAYGAACGAUGACGUGAACUUGCGGGUGCCUCUUGUGCCACCCAGGGAAGGCUCUGGUCACUCAUGACCCCACAGCAGAGCAGGACUGCCCUCUCCUCUCCCGCCUUCCUGCUCUCCUCCCUGCACCUGGAAAGCAUCAGCACUUGAUUUUGGUGGUCCUGGCUUUGUGCCCUUUCUGGRCAGUUCUGGACAGAGUCUCAUGGCAGCAGAACAGUCUGCAACUUUUUCCAGGGACACAGUGGACAUUUCUAUACCUGGAGAUUUGGAUGAGAAUUGUACAGAAAAUAAAGUGUACUUUUAAUACUGUA